UAAAACGUGAACUUUCAAUGCAUUCACUAAAAUUGUUUUCAAUCCUGCAGGCUGUGUGGGAUGACCGACUGGUUAACAGAAAACCCCCGAAGCCGGGGCUGCAGGGUUUAGCUGUUCUUUGUCCCCUCCCUGGCAGCCUGGGACCUGCCACCGAGGCACACGGGGCACCAUGGACUCCCCAGGGUACAAUUGCUUUGUGGAUAAGGACAAGAUGGACGCAUCCAUCCAGGACCUGGGGCCAAAGGAGCUGAACUACACCGAGCUACAGGAGCUGAAGCAGCUGGCGCGGCAGGGUUACUGGGCUCAGAGCCACGCCCUGCGGGGGAAAGUGUACCAGCGUCUGAUCCGGGACAUCCCCUGCCGCACGGUCACACCCGACGCCAGCGUGUACAGCGACAUCGUGGGGAAGAUUGUGGGCAAGCACAGCAGCAGUAGCCUGCCCCUGCCUGAGUUUGUAGACAACACUCAGGUGCCCACCUACUGCCUGAACCCGCGGGGUGAGGGGGCCGUGCGCAAGAUCCUCCUGUGCAUCGCCAACCAGUUCCCCGACAUCUCCUUCUGCCCUGCCCUGCCCGCGGUGGUGGCCUUGCUGCUACACUACAGCAUUGACGAGGCCGAGUGCUUUGAAAAGGCCUGCCGCAUCUUGUCCUGCAACGACCCCAGCAAGAAGCUCAUUGACCAGAGCUUCCUGGCCUUCGAGUCUUCCUGUAUGACGUUUGGAGACCUGGUGAACAAGUACUGCCAGGCAGCCCACAAACUGAUGGUGGCCGUGUCAGAGGACGUCCUGCAGGUCUACUCCGACUGGCAGAGAUGGCUCUUUGGGGAGCUGCCCCUCAACUACUUUGCCCGCGUUUUCGACGUCUUCCUUGUAGAAGGCUACAAGGUACUGUACCGAGUCGCUCUGGCCAUCCUCAAGUUCUUCCACAAGGUGAGAGCAGGACAGCCCCUUGAGUCAGACAAUGUAAAGCAAGACAUCCGGAUGUUUGUCAAGGACAUUGCCAAGACAGUGUCCCCUGAGAAACUACUAGAGAAGGCCUUUGCCAUCCGCCUGUUUUCCCGCAAGGAGAUUCAGCUCUUGCAAAUGGCCAAUGAGAAAGCCCUGAGGCAGAAGGGUAUUACUGUCAAACAGAAGAGUGUCUCACUUUCUAAAAGGCAGUUUGUGCACUUGGCUGUCCAUGCAGAGAACUUCCGCUCAGAGAUUGUCAGCGUGAAGGAGAUGAGAGACAUUUGGUCCUGGAUCCCUGAGCGCUUUGCCCUCUGCCAACCCCUCCUGCUCUUCUCGUCACUGCAGCAUGGGUACAGCCUAACCAGGUUCUAUUUCCAGUGCGAAGGACAUGAGCCCACACUCCUGCUCAUCAAGACCACUCAAAAGGAGGUUUGUGGGGCUUACCUAUCAACAGACUGGAGUGAGCGGAAUAAGUUCGGAGGCAAGCUGAGCUUCUUUGGGACUGGAGAAUGCUUUGUUUUUAGGCUGCAGCCGGAGGUGCAGCGCUAUGAGUGGGUGGUCAUCAAGCACCCAGAGCUGACCAAGGCAACAUCCUUCAAGUCCUCAGAGGCUGCAGCCAGUCCUUGCCUCAUCAGCCACUCCGUCUCUUCAGACCCUGCCGACCGGCUCUCUCCUUUCCUGGCUGCCCGGCACUUCAACCUGCCCUCCAAGACCGAGUCCAUGUUCAUGGCUGGGGGCAACGACUGCCUCAUCAUUGGGGGAGGAGGUGGCCAAGCACUCUACAUCGAUGGGGAUCUGAACCGAGGGCGCACCGGACACUGUGACACGUUCAACAACCAGCCCCUCUGCUCGGAGAGCUUCCUCAUCGCGGCCGUGGAGGCUUGGGGCUUCCAAGACCCCGACACCCAGUGACUGACGGGCCCGCGCUGAUGGUGACUGAGCCACGUUGUGGGGUGAUGGGGCGGAGGCCCAGCUGCCUCUUCAGGGAGCAGGGAGUGAGUGAGACACCCCCCCACCCCGAAAGUGGAAAGGUUUGCUGUGCAGUGGGGCUGUUACAGUCUCCCAAGCCAGGCCUGGCCCCGGCUUGGACCAGUUGCCCUCUACCUUCCACUUAGGUUAGGACCCCUAAGCCCUCCUGCUUCUGAGCUCAAGGGCUGUUGAACCCUCAGCCCUUUGUAGCAUCUGUGCAAGAGACACCUCUGCCCUACCCAGGGCCCUGGCUCUGCCAGGUGUCCUGUACCCACGAUUGCCAAGGCUCCUCGCCUCUGAACCCCAGUCCCUUAUAGGGAAAGGGCAAACGAAUCUUCUUGCCAAAUGUGGGCCUGUGGUGCCCCCUGCUGGUGCUCUGACGCUGCAGCUCCUCUGUCCCUCUGAG